AUGGCGGAAGAUAUCAACAUCAACAAAGCUGCAACACGACCCUGGACAGUCCUUCCGUCAUCAUGGCGACUCCAACCAAAGUAUUCCAAUUUAUCACUGAGUGCAUCUGAAAGAGAUAGUAAAGACGAUGGGCCCAGUAGAUUGAAAACCGGAUCGAACACGUCCCUCGACUUACUGGGUGCACCGCGUCGGGAUCAUCAGGAGGGCGAAGAAUGGAUCAAGGGCGCUUUGUUCUGUACCUGGGGAGCAAGCAUAAUCCUUGCCCUGAACUCCAUCAUGGCAAUUGUAGCAACGGGGAUCGGCUACGCGAAACCGUCGAACAAGGGACAACUCGAGUCAAUCGCCCUCACGCUGCUACUGGCAGCCAGCAACUACGUCAUGCAGUGCUUAGGCGCCCCGUCGCGUUCUGACGUCGAUCAGGCCCACAAGCAACGGAAAUGGCUCGAUAUUGGCACCUUCAGCAUGCGGAACUUCGCCGCCAUGGACGGGUGGCGAAAGAUCCUGUGGACUCUUCUGCUGAUAAGUUCAACCCCAAUUCAUAUGAUAUACAACUCGGUAGUUUUUUCUUCCAUCUCCACUCUUGACUAUGCAACGGUUUUGAUCCCCGAGGACUUGGCAUCCAGUGAGUCAUUGGCGUCCAGUGAGCGACUGGCUGGAGGUGAGAAUGCGGCAGAUAGCUUCACUCAGGUGGUUGGCACCAGCCCCAUUCAUCUUCGGGCCGAGAUCUUCAACGGCACCUUUCAAAACACGAGCGUCCCGGACUGUAUGAACAAGUAUAAUGCGGAGUUUAAUACUCAACUUGGAACCCUCAUCUUCACUGUCGACCGGCGCUACUUUCAUAACACCAGCAGUCUCUUCGGCUUGUUCGGGGACUCAGUAGGCUCACGUACUUCGAUAUACACUUUUCUGCAAUCCUUGGAAAGUAUUCGUGGACAGUCCGCUGCGCAAAAAGCGAUAAAUGAUGGUAAUGUGACGGCACAUGGCCUGCAUUGGGCAUACCGUCCUUGGAACUUCUCGAUACCAGAUCCUUUACCGGAGUCGAAUACCUACAACUUCACUCUCAAUACUACGGCUUUCUCGUAUGACCCUAAAUAUAGCGAUACCUUGAACCAUGACAUCAGUGUGCUCUCCGCUUAUCUGGCCAUGUACAACCCUGACCGGCAGUCCCUGGGUACAUUUCUGGCCACCCCCUCUCAUUGGGCGAAUAGCUCUUGGGCAGCAAAUAUCACGUUUGAGCUGGAUAAUCGACCGGUCUAUCCACAAAUGGUAUAUGCAAGCACUAUAGGUCGUGGCACAGAGCUUCCUCUUUCCGGCUGCAUGACCAAAGGCAAAGACCAACGUUGUCAAUUAUAUUUUAGUCCACCUAUCGCCAUAGCGGCAAUUGUCUCUAAUGUGAUCAAGGUGGUCCGCAUGUAUCUCACUGCCCGGACUAGCAGGAAGAACAUUCUUUUGACCGUCGGUGACGCCCUCUGCUCGUUUUUGAUGUCACCAGAUCCAACUACAGAAGGCCAAUGUCUCGUAUCGCGGGCAGACAUAUCUCGUGGUCGAACGUCGUGGACUGCAAUGACGAUCUGGACGAGACUUAAUCAAUCCCAGGGGUACCGUCAGCAGGAGUCUGUGGGGAGUACAGCAUACAUUCCCUUGAUAGACGCGCUCUCCAGAACAAAUACUCCUUUUAUGGAUUGUCCGAAGAUGCUCCCAGACAAGAAGAGAUGGUGUCAAGCUGCUAGUGCCAAGCGCUGGACAGCUACUCUCGGUUUCCUUGGUGGCUGCGUAGCAACCUCUGUUUUCCUCCUCGUGCUCUCUCUAACUGAUACUACCAAUGGUUCCAUCCCAAAGGCAUGGACACUCGGUUUUGGAAAGGCCAGCGGACAGACCAUGGUCCAGGCCCCUGGUAUCUCGACAGCCAUGAUCUCACUAGUACUGCUGAGCAACACGCCCCAGAUGGUGCUCUCCAUCCUCUACUUCCUCUGCAACAGCCUCAUGACCUGCAUGCUGAUUGCCGACGACUACGACGACUACGCCACACAGCGCAAACAUUUACGCGUCUCCUGGCCCAAGGGCCAACAGCGCUCAACAUAUUACCUUAGCCUGCCCUAUCGCUACAGCGCCCAGCUAAUCUUGUUCUCCGUCUUAAUGCACUGGCUCCUGUCACAGAGCAUCUUCUUCGUCAACAUCCAGUCUUAUGGCGUCCACGAUAAAUUGUCCACAUUUAGGUCUAGUCGCGGCUGUGGCUAUUCGCCCAUUUCUAUCUUCAUUGGACUUCUCGUCUCUUCUGUCGCUAUCUUGGCUCUCCUGGGGCUGAGUUGCCGACGACUGAAAUCUUGCAUGCCACUGGCGACGUAUUGUAGUGCCGCCAUCAGUGCCGCCUGCCAUCCCCCACCAGAUUAUCACGAUGCCACUCUGAAGCCGGUAAUGUGGGGAGAGGUGCCGCGAGAUAUGUCCGAUGGGCUGGACGGAGAUCGCUCAACGGCGUAUAAUGGAGCUGGCCCGGAUUCGUUGGAGGCCUAUGCUCACUGCACUUUCACGUCGAAGGAGGUCGUUACCCCGAACCCGGUUCGUCUGUAUCGUUGA